AUGAAGAAAAGCUGUCUCAAGCAGAAGCGAUCGUCGUCCCCGAACCUAGACAUCGCACUCUGCAGUAGUCCUACAUAUCCCUGCAAAGCCGAGGCUUCCAGUCCUGCGAGGGAAAACAAACGUGUCACAUUCCGCGAGGAGGGCGCUGAGGAGGUGUACGAUGCGGACGACGUGGGCCGCACGCCUAUACGGGUGCCGAGACUCAUGACGCCUGAUAUCAUCGAGAUGAUGGACCUCGGUGUAGCAUUGCAGCCGUAUAUUGUGGUGAAGUUGGUCUCGAAUGAGCGCCGUUGUUCGAAGAGGAAGCCACGUCGUUGA